AUGACACGUUUAUUCUUCCUGGUGUGCGCCCUCUGCGUGUGGUGUGCCUGCGGGUGCGCCGCGCAGGAUCGGCCUCUGCUGGAGGUGCCACUCGUUGGCGGCCUUGCCAUGGAGGCGAAGGGGAAGGACAAAGGGAAAUAUACGACGACCACCCCGACAUUCACGAUGAGCCAGUCGAUCAGCCUCAUGCCGCCAACAUCACCAGCCAACGCUGCAACUACGACUUCCACUGGCACGGGUCAGACAAUGGGAGAAACCGCUCAGCAAACUCCGGCGUCUCAACCAACAAAUCAGCAGGGUUCAUCCGGGGCUCCUGAAGCUGCCAAAGAGCCUGCCCCCCCGCCGCCGCCGCCGCCAUCGACGCCUCCUAAGAAGAAGGACGGCAGCAGCAGCCCUGUGUGGGCACACGCACCGCUGCUGCUUGCCGGUGUGGCCCUCGUCGCCAUGUGGUAG